AGGGGAAAUAGGUAGAGGGAGAGAGUGUGAUAGAGUGAUAGAGAGCGAGAGAGAUGACAUGAGUCAAGCGUGUAAACUGACUCAGGAAGUGCAGGACGAGCGAAGCCUUGUAGUGACUUUGAGAGCUAAAGGGGACGCAGAGAACAAGACAGAGGGGGUCGCUGAGAACGAACGACAGAGUAGGACAAGGGAGAGAGAGAGAGAGAGAGAGAGAGAGAGAGGGAGGGAGGAGGAUGCACGGCUCUGCGGUGUUGCAAGGACAGUGAGCUCCUCACACACACACACACAGACUUACUGCUCAGCCUGAACAUCAUUCAGCACCACCAGGAACCUGAGCGCUUCGUCCUCUCACCAGCGCUGAAGGUGAAUCUUCUCCAUCAGGAGCAUUUUUUGGCUGAGCAUCUGGAGACUCCUCACAGGAUGUCAUUGUUCUUUUAAAAACCAAUCAAAUGCAGGAAUCUGGUAUCUGUGAACCUCGCUGAGCUUCAGGGUCACACCAUUGCUGCGUGGAGCUCUGAGCUCUGAAGGUACAGUGCUGAAGCGAGAGGAGCCUUAAGUCUGGGUUGAGUUUUGGAGAAGUGUCGGGUCAAGAAAAACCAUGAGUGAGUCCAAGAAACGUGAGGUUGAGCUGAGAGAUAAAGCCAUCAUGCACCAGCAGAGGAGACUGAAGCAGGCCACCCAGUUCACACACAAGGACUCGGCCGACCUUCUGCCUCUGGAUGGACUCAAGAGGCUUGGAACCUCCAAAGACCUGCAACCUCACAGCAUUGUUCAGCGGCGCCUCCUCGAAGGUAACAUCUCCCGGCUUUGUGGAGAGGCCCGAGACACCGUGUCCCACGUCCGCUCUCCUCUCGCCGAUAGCAAGGAAGGUGCUGACGCAGAGGAGAGGAGCGAAAGCACCAUAGACGACUCCACUGAGGAGAAAGAGUCACCAGAGGAGAGCGAGAGAAGUCUGAAAUCUGAGGAGGAUGACGAGGAUGAGGAAGAACCUGGUAUUGAUCGUGAUUCUGGUGGAAAAGCAGAGCACGAAGAGAAAGUAGAAGCAGGUCCAGUGGCCACGCUCUCAGCUUUGCAGGUGCAGUGUAAGUGUGGUGAUGCGGAGCUUAACGUAUCCAUUAACACAGGCUGUCAGUACGACCAUAUCUCCAGUACGUGCUGCAGGAGGCUCGGACUGAAAAUCAGUCCCAAGAUUAAGCCACUCGGUGAGUUCAAGGCUAAAGGUGUGACGUCCAUGUCGAUCCAGAUUGGUAGCGAAAGAGUCCAGUGUACUGCUGAGGUCACAGACGAUGAGACGUUCGAGUUGUGUCUGGGCCUACACACUCUGCUGGAGCUCAAAUGCUGCGUUGACCUGAACAGCAGAGUGCUCCGCCUGCACAGCAGCGGCGACGAGCUGCCCUUUCUGGAGACAUCUACCCCAAGGCAAUGCCAUCACCGUGACAACAACAAAAACCUGUGACCUUUGACCUUACACUUUCUCAUUCCCUCAAUAAAUAUAAAGAGUGGGAAUGUGGAUGAAUACAUUUCUCCUCCUUCAUCACCGCUCCUUCUCUCUUUCUCCGCCUGCUUUUUUUCUCUGCAACCUUUCAUAUGUUGGUUUGUGUGAUUUAUAAUGAGAAACCAUAACUAAAUUAAGGUAAACAAUUUAUUCAAAACUGAUGAUGGAGGAAAAUCAGACAUGUUUUACUUUCUAGGGAAACUGUUCACCCCGUAGUUAAACACAAAAGAAAAAAAAGUGAAAUAUUUUUGUAAUAGGAAACAAAUAAUGUUAAAUGUGAUUAAAUAUUUUGAAUAUAAUCCGAUUUAUUUCCAUUUUAUGAUUUUAUAAUAAACCGAAAGUGGAUUAUUAAACCCAUUAAUCCCGUCUAGACCUUUUAUCUUGCUUAUCAUUUCUUUCUAGAACUAAGCGAAAUGAUUUACUAUUGGAAUAAAACUGGAAAGUUUGAAAACAUGUCUGGAAAUCCUUUAGGUCUAUGAUCAUCUGAAUGUUUAUUAUAAUCAGACUCAAGAUCUUUUAAUGCUAAUUUUAAUCCAGACCUGAGGCGAUUCUCUCAAAUUAUAGAUAUUCGACCCUUUCGGGAUUGUUCUGGAUCGCCACGUUCUUAAUGAAGGACGAUUCAAACAUUCCAGCCUUUUUUUUAUAUCUUUAUAUAAGCUGUGUGAGUGUCUUGGGUCCUGUGUUUCUGUCACGGAGACUCUGCUUUCCAAUGCUUUGUGUUUAAUCCGUUAGAUUAGAAAUCCUUAUAAUGACAAAUCAAGCCAAGGCUUUCAUUUGGAGCUUCGUUUCCCUUUUAUCCUCCCCGUAAACGAACCUUUACAGAUCUACUGUGCCUAUUUCUGACAUUCCUCAGAUCGUUUAGUUCUUCACCAUGUCAGACUGCCACUCGUCCUCGAGAGACUGCUUCAUCCUGCUCUCUGUCUGCCUCUGGAGUUGAAAUAAUACAAGAAAAAAUAUUUGUAUGCUGUAAAUGAAGGAAACAGUGUAUGAAAGAUUAUUUUUGGUGUAUUUUCUCUGUCUAAUAAAAAAAAGAAAAGAAAAAAAAA